UUCUUCGACACGCUCACGCCCGAGGCCACAGUGUACAUGAUCAUUGCCAUCAACGGCGUGGUUUUCCUCAUGUGGCAGUCGGCGAACGGCAAAAUGCGCAGCUUCCAGGACACAAAGAUGCUGCGGUGGAUGACGGCCAACUUCACAACCAUGUGGAUGAACCUCCGCGAAGGUCGCAUCUGGACGCUGAUCACGCCAGCGUUCUCGCACGUCGACACGAUGCAUCUUUUGGUCAACAUGUUCGUUCUAUACUCGUUCGGAACCGACAUUGCGAAGAUGCUGGGCCCCAAGCGCUUUAUUGCAUUUUACUUGGGUGCUGCGUUCUGCGGUAACUUGAUUAGCGCCGUGAUUCGCGGGAUUGUGCUGCCGUAUAAUACCGGCGAUCUGCGCACCAUGGUGCAGCCGUCGCUGGGUGCGUCGACGUCGGUCGUGGGCAUCACGACGCUGUUUGCGUGCUUGUAUCCGCAUGCCAGGCUGCUUCUGUUCUUUGUGGUGCCGGUGCCGGCGUGGCUGGCGACCGUGGGAUUCAUUGGCUGGGACAUGACGAAUCUCGUCCGGUCCGGCAGAACAAAGACCGAUGGCGCUGGGCAUCUUGGCGGCGCCGCUGCUGGCCUCGCCUACUACUGGUUCCGCCUGCGC